AGGAAAAAGGGAAUGAGAACAUUUCCGUAUUGUUCGGAGGUUGUUGGAAAAGACUCUAGUUGCUCACCAUUGUUUUCCUUCAGCUGCUUUUAUUUGUCCUAAAUAAUUCAAACCCGUAGUAAAACAUAGUAAAACAUGAGUAGUCCAAGUCUUAUCGAGAAGGCUGUCGAGUCAGUGUCACUGGAAGACAAUAUUUGCCUGUCGUUCAAAGAUUUGACAUUGAAAUUGGAAUCAGCUGAGGAUGCUGCACCUGUGGUGAGGAAGAUUGUGGAUGCUCCACAACUGGAAGAGCUAUGUCUGAGUGGAAACACUAUUGGUGUGGAAGCUGCAAAGGCUAUUGCCAAGGCAUUGUCGGAGAAGCCCACCUUCAAGAGGGCCAUGUGGGGAGAUAUAUUCACAGGACGCCUUCGGUCAGAGAUCCCUCUUGCUCUGCGUGCUCUCGGUGAAGCUGUCAUCAGCUCCGGUGCUCAGCUGGAAGCUAUUGAUCUCAGUGACAACGCGUUUGGUCCGGACGGGGUCGAGGCAGUGCGGGAACUGCUGGUGAGCCGUGCCGGAUUCUCGCUGCAAAGCCUUCGUUUCCACAACAAUGGUCUUGGUCCAGGUGGUGGCAAGAUCCUCUCUGAAGCACUCCUGCAGUGUCACAAGAAUGCCACGGCUGCUGGUGUACAAUUUGCACCCAAAUCUGUUGUGGUGAACCGAAAUCGACUGCGUGACGAGGGUGCCACACAUUUGGCUGAAGCCUACAAGGCGCUUGGCUCCCUGCAGCAGCUCUCUAUGUUCGAGAACUCCAUCCUGGCACCGGGUAUUAUUGCGCUGGCCAACUCCUUUCCGUCUAACCCUAACCUGGAGGAUAUCAACUUGUGUGACAAUACAUUCACGUCUGAAGGUGGUGUCGCCAUGGCAAAGGUUUUGCCCAGCCUGAAGAAUCUGCGUGCAGUGAACUUUGACGACUGUCUUGUGCGGUCAGAUGGACUGAGUGCGAUCGCCGAUGCGUUCUACGAGGCAUGUCCUAAGCUGGAGACAGUGCAUUUGGCACACAAUGAAGCCGAUGGAACAUCGGGUAUGGCUGUUGCACGUGCUCUUGUGGCGAAACCUUCAAUCAAAGCUGUCGAUCUGAAUGGCAAUAUGUUUGGUGCGAGUAUUGUAACGGAGAUGGAACAGAUGUUCCCGUCCUCGGUGCUGCAUAGCCUGGACGAGGAUGAAGACGAGGACGGUGAUGACGACGACGGGCGAGACAACGAGUACGACGAAGGUGCGGACUCUGAGGGCGAUGCUCCAGAUACCAGAGACGCGAUAUCGGUCAGCAGUGUAGAUUCACGGUUGGAACGACUAGCAUUUCCCGCUGAGCCGCUCUCACUGGAUGACGCCAGGGCAGCACUGCUCGAUCCCUCCAGUGCACGUAUAGUGCAGCUCGGCAAACAGCUAGACACUCUGAAGCAGGCAGUGCAGGCAAUUCAAGACGACGUGAAGCAGGUUGCUAUUGCUUUCUCAGAGGCGUGCAAUGUAGUACGACAGGGUGAUGAGCAAGCACAAUCAGCUGAAGCAUUCUCUGACUGUUUAUUGUCGUCAUCACUUUCACAUCAACAUUCCAAGGUUACUGGUGAUAGUCUGGUGGGAGAGAUCCUGGUUCAAAUGGGCUUGCUGAAGAGUGAAGAUAAGAUAGUGCCUCGGCUAAGCGAUGUUGGCGGUGGUCUUGUGCUUCUUCGCCAUGUCGCCAUGCAAGCCUACUUCCCGAAAGACGCUGCGGCUACGCUGGCAGCGUUCCUGACAAAACCCAAUAAGCGCCUAACGACAGACAACCACGAAGAUCGCAGCCGCCUGCUUCAGGUCCUCUACACGGUGUGAGCGUGGACAAGAGAGGAACACAACGACUAGAGCUCUCACUCUCUUCCUCUCUCUGUGUGAUGGCAGUGCUACUGCCGCCAGGGUAGCCAAGACUGCCACCGGCGCUGGUGCUUUGGGCACCACCCUUACAGUCCCUGCUGCCUACUAACAGUAUUAUGAUCAUAAUUAUUGUGAGGAGCACACACAACUUGAACAGCACGUGCUGUCGGCUACUUGACGGCUGUACUCCUCAGGGCCAAGACAUACGGCAUGCCUGGCAUCGUCAUCAUCACAACUAGUGGCACGUUGACGUCCUCCCCCGAAUGAACCCAUUAGACAGAAGACCCCCAAAUAUUUCCAUGAUAGGAUUUUGUGCAAUUUUAGUUUCCGGCUGCGAUGAUUCUGUAGACUGAUAAAUUUACGCCGUCUCGUUUUUAUUACCACAGUACAGCUCUUACCGGUCACUCUCUUCACUUGAGAAUAUUUGGUUAUUUUUACUUCUAGCUUUGUUUCAUUUGAAAGAGAGAGAGAACCCGGGCUGUUUCUGCCUUGGAGAUGCUUGAUUUUUUGUUCCCUUGUGAUCCGUUUCUAGAGCCUUUGUUGUCAAAUCAUGCUGGCGUUGCUUUGGCUGUUGAUAUGUUGCUGCUGCUGCUGGUCGCGGCGCUAUGGCGUUUGCACUUUUCUCUGCGCUGAUCAUCUCUUGCUCUUUCCCUAUCUUCAUCCUAUCCCUCAAAUCGUAUGAAUGUACAAGUAAUUCGUGGUGAUUAGGCCGAAAAGUG